UGAUGGACAAUGUCAAUGGCUGAUUUGUGAAGAAGGAUUGACAUCUCGCUGCAAAACACUCAUUCAAAUGUGUGAAGUAACUAAGUAUUGCUUGGGAUCAAAUGUCACAAAACUCAAUGAUUUUCCAAACUCCAUCUGGGAUUGGUGGCCACCAGCUCAUACUCAGCAAUCAUUUGUAAAUGACUACUUCACGAAUCUCAGCAGUAUGUCAAUUGAUCAUCAUCAUAUGUUUGUGUAUAAUCAUCAAUGGAAGCGAACGUACUCUCAUGAGAAGAUGGAAGAAAUUACAGAAUUUCUAAAGACUUGCGAGGAUUUAAUUUACGAUGACUUUGAAUACUCGUUGAAAGCAGUUCAGAUUUUUACAGUCCAGCUGAAGGAAAUGAUGACUGAGAUGAACAAACGAUACACUUACACUGCUAGUAAUGAAAAGAUACGAGGCGAAUCUGUUUUUUGGCAGUAUCCCUAGACCUGAUUCUUGUUGGUUGAUAACUGAACAAGUGUCAAGAUUGUGGCGAUUAUUACUUCUCAAUCCGUGUAUCUCAGUGAAGAGACAGAAUGAAAUCUUCACGGCUAUGAAUAACACGAAAGUCAUUUUUGGUAAGAUAUUUUUGUCGCGUAACUCCAAUGAAUGGACUCUCUGGUGCUCUUUUGAACAUAUCAAGAUAUUUAAAGACUUCUCGUGGAACAACUUUAAUAAUCAUGCGAUGAAAACGGACAACCAAUCAGAAAUGAGCAUAAUCAAAUCAAAUGGUUUAGCUUCUUCUCCUGGUCGCGAUGUGGACUACUUUCCAAUUCCUUCUCAAGUGAAAUAUGGUGAUUUUACAUCUUCUGUGACCAUCCAUUGUUGUAUUCUGGAAGCAUUAUUCUCGUAUAAAAAGAUGGAACAAGCAGUUUUCCUUGCUAUGAAUCUUUCUCUUGUUCUUGUCCAAUAUUAUACCAAGUGGUUGGAGGGUGAGCGUCUUGAAGUUCAAGGAAUUUUAUAUUUUGAUGAUGUUAGUUGUAAGGUGCACGAUGAUUCUGACAUGUUGGAAGAAACUGGCAAUAAAGGAAAGAGGUCGAAGAAGAAACGAUUUAAUAGAAAACGUGGAAGAAAAGCAAACGUAAAGAAGUCAGACGAUUAUUCAGAUCCAAGAAAUGAGAAAUUAUUUGAAAUUGUCGAAGGUGUCGUUCCUGUAUCGUGUUUCGCGUACUUAAUACACGUUCUUGACAGUAAUCAUGAUCUCUUGAAUGAUAUGUUAAAACAAAAGAAACUGAAAGGACUGGGACUGAGUGAGGAUGAUCUUAUGGAGUGUGAUGACGCCACAAGUGAUGCAACAUCUCUGAUUAUACGCCUUGCUGCGAUUGGUUUGGCUUUCCCAAGAAUACAUGCAGCUUCUAUCCAUAUACAGGUGGAUUGCUUCAACUGGGAAUUAUAUAUGUCAAAGAAACUUGGUGAAAAUCAACCAUCUCAAGCAGAUAUAAACUUCUUAAAGAUGUUCGUCAAUCGUAUGAUGAAUCUUACAGAAUAUGGUUUCCAACCCCCUUACGCUCUCAUUAUGAACUUCUUUCGUCAUUCUUAUAAAUUUGACGGUGAUAGUGAUUCCAUUGGCUUCGCCAUGAGAGCCAUUUCAGGACCAUUGCACGUGGCAAAUAAUCUAUCGACUCGUAAAGAUUUUGUCUGGAAUGUGAAAGACGUCAUUGGGUGAAACUGUGCGAAGUGGUGUUUUUGUCAGUAUCUGAGAACUCUUAUCUCGUUGAUCAAUUAUUGGAAUGCAUGUAUAGUGCCGAGAUUAUGGCUGGUAUUGGGCCAGAAGAUAAACGAGCGAAUUUUGUGGAUAAACGAGGCAAGAAAGACAUAAAGGAAGCAAAACGACAAGGGAAGAAUGUAGCUGAAAGCAUGUUGUGUGAGAAAUUCUUUGCUAAUAUUUAUCUUGCUCAUGUUAUAACGCAUUAUGCUGAAAGUUUGCGAGAAGAGGAGGAGAAAAGUGAAGAAACAAAAGGUCUAGCAUCUAGAAAGUUGCCACAUCCAAAUACCUUCGAUGAAACUGCGGUAAGAUCUGACAAA